UCAUAAUAAAGAUAAAAACAAAUGAACUAGGGUCAAAAGUACAAAAAUCUCAAACAAGAAACACAUAAAAACAUUAAAACAAACGAAAUUUACAGACAAAAAAAGCGCAAAACGGGAAAUAAAAAUAUUAUCACUUAAAUCGAGAAUUCGGUCAUGGAAAAUCUAGACGCCACCAUAGAUAACAUGGAGAACAGCCGAUUUGCGGCCCUUUACGGGAGUUUGAUUAAGGAGUUGGCCGCAACUUCCGAGAUGUCUCAGACUGACAUCACCUGUUUGCUUGUCGUUUAUUACAAGUUCUCUAAGGCCAAUGGGCCCCAGUGUAAGAAGAUGACCAAGAAGCAGUUCUACCAGAUCUUCUUGGUGCUGUUUAACGUGGCCAACGUCCAGGUAAUAGAGCGCACUCUGCUGGCCAUCACAAAGGACACAAAGUACGUGAGUCCCCAGGCUUGGAUCCAUCUCUUCGAUCUCUACACAACCAAGGACAUCCAUGUGCGCAUGAAAUUCGCCUUCGAGGUCUAUGACACAAAGGGAACUGGGGUUAUUGAUCGAGAGCAAGUUGGUACAGCCUGUGAAAAAUUCUUUUACGGUGAAGACGAAGACGAGCUUAACGAACUUAAGGCGGACAUGACUGAGUUUCUCAUGAAGAAGUUUGACCUGGACAAAGACGGCGUAAUUUCAUAUGAGGACUACUCCACUGUCGUCGAACAGCAGCCAAUUUUAGUCGAGUUCUUGGGCUGGUUAUUUCCGUCGAAGGAAGACCAGGAUCUCAUGGCCCAUUGCAUUAACCUUCAAAUGAACCAAAAUUAAGCAUUAUAUUAAAAAUAACUUAACUUAUUA